AUGGGUAUUUCUUACAAUGAGCUUCUUAAAGCUACCAAUGGAUUUAAUGAGUCCACCAACUUGAUUGGUAAGGGAAGUCUCGGCUAUGUAUAUAAGGGUAAUCUUCAACGAGAUGAAUCAAAACCUGUUGCAGUUAAGGUUCUACACCUUCGGAAAAGAGGUGUAACUAAGAGUUUCAUGGCUGAAUGUGAAGCUUUAAGGAGAGCUAGACAUACAAAUUUACUCAAGAUUAUAACUUGUUGUUCGAGUACUGAUUCUCAUGGUAAUUCUUUCAAAGCUCUGGUUUUUGAGUUCAUGGCUAAUGGGAGUCUAGACAACUGGCUGCACCCGCCUGAAGAUGACACAUCAAAUGAUGAUCAACUACAUGAGAGGAAUCUGGACCUAGAAAGAAGAUUGAGCAUCGCAUUCGAUGUUGCUUCUGCGUUAAAUUAUCUUCACCAUGAUUGUGAAUCACCCAUUGUGCAUUGUGAUGUGAAGCCAAGCAAUGUCCUUCUUGAUUAUGAUUUAACUGCCCAUGUGGGUGACUUUGGCUUGGCUAAAUUCCUUUUUAAUCCCUCUAGUAAUUCUAGACAGCUGAAUGCACAAGAAGACGCAAGCUCAAUUACAAUAAAGGGCUCCAUCGGUUAUGUUUCUCCGGAAUAUGGAAUAGGUGGCGAAGUAUCAACACAAGGUGACGUCUACAGCUAUGGGAUUCUUUUGCUAGAGAUGUUUACAGGAAAGAGGCCAACUGAUGACAUGUUUAAGGAUGGUCUAAACAUUCAUAACUUCUGUAAGAUGCACGAGUUGCCAGAGCGUAUUAAGGAAAUUAUCGAUUCACGCUUGUUAUUGAAAUUAAGAGAAGAUUAUAACGAUACUGAAGUCGUCGAGUACAAUAUGCUAAGAAACAUAGCUAGAGAUACAAUGAGACAAGUCUUGGCUUCCAUAAUUCAGAUUGGAGUUAAAUGUUCUUCAGAUUUACCUUCUGAAAGAUGCAGCAUGAGCCAGGUUGUUGUCGAUGUACAAGCCGUUAAGAAUCAGUUUCUCGGUGUUAUGCUGUAA